AUGACUUCUGAUUUUUGUCAGAUAUCAGACGUGAAAAUUAAGAAUGAUUUUGACGCAGAGACUGAAGUAAUUCACAAACUGAUAAGCGAUACUUCGAAGAAUUUGGACGAGAAAGUAAAGCGCAUCAUGAACGUUGCCAAAGCAGCUUGGAAAGAUCGAGACGAUUUGACAGCAAAAAUAGGGCAAUUAAACAAAGAGUUGUCUAUUUUACAAAAAACCAAAGCCAGUGACACAAGUAGCACGGAUCUAAAAGAUAAACUGAACAAGGAGCGCGCCGCCCGCGAGUCCCUCAAGCACAUGGUGGCCACGGCGGAGGGAUUGCUGCGCACGGCGCGCGGGCGCAUCACGGUGCUGGAGCGCGAGCUCAAGACCACGCAGAAGCAGAUGCAGGAUGCAAUGCGCAAGAACAAGGAAUUCGAGUUACUCCAUCGUUCUCGUCAGACAAGUUAUGGCGUGCGUUCCAAGAAAUUGAUGGAAGAGACUAAAAGUGGAGAAGAAACUAUCGAGAUGUUGACCCUACAACGGAAGGCACUAGAACUAAGGGUCACAGAGCUACAAGAGCAAAUCAAGUUGAUGAGAGAGUGUUACGAGGAUAAAGACUCGAAUAACCAGAGCAACUUGGACCGGCUACAGCAGAAGUUGGAUGAGGAGUUCAUAACUAAUUAUUAA